AUGGCGUCCGACUCAGCAGUGCGCCCCAAUCCUGUUCUACUCAUCUCUAUUGACCUCGGCAGCUUUUACCUGAAAUGCUGGGCCAAGCAUGUCCCAGCCGGUCGGCAUGCUGAUGACACUACACCAUACGCGGUGUAUCUGAUGCCAGGUUUCCGGAAAAUUCGACUAUCACUCCUGAUCGUGCCUGACGAGCAGGGAGAAAGCAAGCUUCUGUGGGGCGACGAAGUGACACAACACCUUCGCCAUCAUCCAGAAGACAGUCACAGAGUCUUCGACAACAUCAAGCUCGCGCUUUGCGCAAAGUAUAACCACCAUGCAGCGGUUCGGCAUAUUCGAGAGGUUCUUGGGUGUCCGCAAGGCGAGAGCGUGCUCGGAAACAUCCAGCACGUGUACACCCUCAUGCUCGAGAAGGCGCGGAACGCGUGCCUACGUUGGUACACUUACGACAGCGAUCAGGGGUCGGCCAUGAAUCCCGACUAUUGGCGCGCUGUGCCAGUGGAACUAAAGGUGACCAUUCCCGCCAUGUGGAAUGAGACGGCGCAGAGCAUCAUGAAGCAUGCGGCUCUGGAUGCUGGAUAUCGUAAUGUCCGGCUGUAUUUGGAACCACUCUGUGCGGCAGCGGCAGAAAUGACCAAAUUAAUAUCGCAGCGUCUGCUCGAGGACGUUGCGAUGACACGAAUCAAGGCUGCAUCCGUGCCAGAUGGUCGGCCCGUAAUGGUGGCGGUAGGCGAGGCUGCUGGUGACUCCCUUGGCUGUCACGUUGUGCAUGAGCUUACCUGGCAAUGUUUCGAAUUCUCUCCCGAACUUCGACGGCAUGGUGGCCUUGCAAACUGUUCGCGGCUGCUACAAGGGCUUUCAGAGGCUGAGAUGCGGCGACAGUUAUCGUCGUAUGUUGAAGAUCGAAUGAAAAAGCCUGACCCGCGGGACUUUCCUGUUAUGAUUGAGUCCGCCGCGCCGCCAGGACCAGGUGAACUUUCCAACAUAAUGGUCAAAUUUACGGGGAACGCACUGCAGCAGUGUAUCCAUACCUGGGCUUCUAAAAUUGCUGACUUUGUCGAGAGAUUUCUAGACACCGACCAAUGCCAGGAACUAGACCUCCGUAGAGCCCACUUGACUGGUGGAGGGUCGUCGAACACCUAUGUGGUGGCAGAACUCAGAAAAGCUCUUGAAUCGAGACAUAUCGACGUGCGCGUACCGGACUCCGACGAAGCAGACAUGGCAGUUGCUCGAGGUGGCCUGGAGCAAUACCCCACAAAUGAAGCCGAUGACCUGCCCGAAGGCUUUUAUUAUCUUUGCCAAGCCGAGCCGUACGAUCACAAACGGCACAAAGACGUUGGAAUGGACUGGAAAUCGCAAGACGGCUAUCGGAAGGCAGUUUCGACAACGACACCGAAGCUUGCAGCGCCUUCGCACGAAGAUCCAGACCGAUGGUUCGCUCUUGAUCGCCUUCAGCUGGCUUAUCAGCAUUCACUCUCAGGUCCGAAGCAGCCACCACGAUAUGUGUCGAUGGAUUUCCCGAUCGAUGCAAAUUUCAAUACCCAGUUCAAGUUCGACAUUUAUUUUUGCAAGGACUUUCACAGGGAUGGGAGUGCAUUGCGGUCGAAAGAUGGCAAGGUGAAACCAAAAUUCAGCAAGUUCCUUGUCGAACUCGCCGAUGUGGAAGUGGACUCGUCGAGAUACAACUUCGAGAAGUAUGAUAACAAUGGGACUCCCUAUUUCAACGUACUAGGACUAGUUGAGAUAUCUGGUUCAGCGCAGGAGCUCAAUUUGGUCGUUCGACUUCUGGAGCCUGGACAGCCUUUGAAAUGGCAAAAGCCGCUUGGCGCGAAGAGAUUCGAUAAUGCGGAUCUCAUCCUUGAUCCCAGCGUGGACUACCGCUACAUCACGAUUAUCCGCCGCGAGAUCUGGGCACCGUAUCGCAGCCAUGCGAUAUCCUCGGCCUCUCGUGCUGUGGCAACAUCCACGAAAGUAGCACCUUGUAGCAGCAAGAGACGCAGCAAGAAGGGCAUUGCAGUCAAGCGCUCUAUUGGCACGCGCAGCAAUCGUACAAGACAUGUUCGCAGCAGCAAACAGCCAGCACAAGUGGAUCCAGCGGUUCGGAAUCUUCUGGCAGACGAAGCGACUUGUACCUCUGAUACGGAAACGAUUCGACCUCCUGUCAACAAUCCUAAGAGCCGCUCUGUGCGAAAACGCAAAUCUUACGCUGUACCCGCAGACGACGAUCAAGCAAGUAGCGAGACGAGUGACGACCAAGUGCCCAGUGAAGUCAGUCAUAUUGCCAAAGAAGAUGCCGCCUACAGUGGCGCUGAGCGUAACAGCCUUUGGCAACGACCUCGUUCGAGACUCACAACGCCGACGAUGUUGAUUGGACACAAGCGCCGUCGACCUGAAGAUCGGACGGAUGUCAGUCUGGACCAGCGUCCUCCAUCACCGCGUGGCCAAAGUUGUGAGCCUUGGGGCACGCUUGCGACACCCGAGAGUCUGGUGAUAAGUCGCUUAGCGAGUACAGAGUGUGACGAAGAAGAGAGAAAUGCGUUGAUCAAUGCAUUUCUAGAGGACAAGAUACCCGAGUGA